CUACACCUCAGAACUGUAAGGCAGCCCCAGUUAACUGUUUCCUUUUUUAAGAGUUGCUGGGUCAGGGUGUCUCUUCACAGCAAUAAAACCCUAAGGCACUCAUCAAACUGAAUCCCCCGUCUUGAGGGGUAUCUGCUGUGAACAUCUGAGGGUGAGUGUAUGAACGCUGCGGGUAAAGGAAUAGGAUCCCAAACACGGAGUUCAACACCAGCCUAGAACCAAGCAAGUUCCAAAUCCGGGUGUGGUGAUACACACCUUUAAUCUGGGCCACACCUUUUACUGGAGGCUUACAUAACAACAUUGGAAGAAAGAAGGUUCACUGUUCCUCACCUGCUUGCACUUACUUGCCGGCACAUCUGCUGGAAUCUGUUUCUUCAGGAUUCCAGCUUCUACAGAAGACCAGCUGAAACAACUAGCUCAUGGCACUGAAAAACUACCAGAUCCUUGGACUUCCCAUUCACAGCUGCCCAUUGUUGGGUUAGCUGGACUGCAGACUCAGAUGUAGAUCUCCAGACUGGCACCUGUGAAAACUGUGACAGACUUUUCAGUCCUGUGUCUGACAACCUGAUGUGACGAUGGCAGCCAGGGUGAUUUGGGGUAGCCUCAGCCUGCUUCGAGUUUUAUGGUGUCUCCUUCCCCAGACUGGCUACAUACACCCAGAUGAAUUCUUCCAGUCACCUGAGGUCAUGGCAGAGGACAUCCUGGGUGUGCAGGCUUCCCGGCCCUGGGAAUUUUACCCCAGCAGCUCCUGCCGCACUGUGGUCUUCCCACUGCUGACCUCUGGCUCUGCCUUCUGGUUGCUCAGGCUCUGCGAAGAGCUGAGGCUCUGGCCUGGUCUGGGCGACAAUGAAGAACAAGAAAAGCUACUGAAGAAAAGCUGUACAUUGUAUGUUGGAAAUCUUUCCUUUUAUACAACUGAAGAACAGAUUUAUGAACUCUUCAGCAAAAGUGGUGAUAUCAAGAAGAUCAUCAUGGGUCUGGAUAAAAUGAAGAAAACAGCAUGUGGAUUCUGUUUUGUGGAAUAUUAUUCAAGAGCAGAUGCAGAGAAUGCAAUGCGGUACAUAAAUGGAACUCGUCUGGAUGACCGGAUCAUACGAACAGACUGGGACGCAGGCUUUAAGGAGGGCAGGCAGUAUGGACGUGGACGGUCUGGGGGUCAGGUUCGGGAUGAGUAUCGGGAGGACUACGAUGCUGGAAGAGGUGGCUAUGGAAAACUGGUACAAAAACAGUGAGUGGGAUGAGCCCCAAGUACACAGCUCACAGUACAUCAACACAGUUGAUGAUGUUGGAGAACAUUACUCAAGGUCUCUCAUCAGUGUUUCUGUUGUGCUAGAAGCCACUUCUGGUUUUCCUCUGAAAUAUUAAAAGACAGAAUCCAAAGAA